AUGAGCAAACCGAUCCUUUAUAGUUAUUGGAGAAGCUCGUGCUCGUGGAGAGUGAGAAUUGCUCUCAACCUCAAGGAAAUCGAUUACGAUUAUCGAACGGUGAAUCUCCUGUCGAAGGAGGCUUUGGAAGAACCCGAAUUCGUGAAGGCAAAUCCGGCAAAAAAGGUGCCCGCUUUUGUCGACAAUGGGAAAUCGAUCACCGAAUCGCUGGCUAUCAUUGAAUAUCUAGAGGAAAAGUACCCAGAUCGCUUUCCACUGCUUCCGAAGGAUUUGGCGCAGAGAGGACAAGCAAGAGCUGUCGCUUUGCAGAUCGCGGCUGGCAUUCAACCUCUACAAAAUCUCCGAGUCCUCAAAUAUCUGAAUGCCGAAGAAGCCGGGAAAGGAGCCAAGUGGGCUCAACAUUGGUUGAUCGAUGGGUUGCGUGAUCUGGAGCACUUGCUCGAGCAAACCUCCGGGAAAUUCGCCGUGGGGGAUCAAGUUUCGAUUGGAGAUAUUGGGAUUCCAAGCAUUUUAUACAAUGCUAAAAGAUUCAACGUUGACACGAGCCAGUUUCCGAUUCUCAGCCGUCUCGACAAGUCACUCUCGUUGAUUGACCAAUUCGCCGCUGCUCAUCCCGAUAAGCAACCCGACGCUAAUUUGAAUGCU